AUGUCCUGUCGUAAUGCCUCACAUGCUGGUAGCUGGUACACAGAAAAUGGGUCUGAAUUAUCGAGACAAUUAGAUCUAUGGCUGUCGAAAGCUGAUCUUACUCAUGGACCGGCGCGUGCGAUUAUUGCCCCACAUGCCGGCUACUCGUAUUGCGGCGCCUGCGCAGCAUUCGCUUAUAGACAAAUUAGCCCAGUGGUGGUAAAACGUAUCUUUAUACUGGGUCCUUCGCAUCAUGUCAGACUUGGAGGCUGUGCGCUUUCAUCUCUAGAUAAAUAUGCUACACCGCUGUAUGAUCUCACCAUAGAUAAGCAGAUAUACGCCGAGCUAGAAGCAACAAGGCAGUUCCAAAGAAUGGAUGUGACCACUGAUGAAGAUGAGCACUCCAUAGAAAUGCAUUUGCCUUACAUAGCUAAAGUUAUGGAGGAGUACCAAACCAGUUUUACUAUUAUACCAAUCUUGGUGGGGUCGCUUACUCCAGAGAAAGAGGCGAAAUACGGCUCCAUUUUAGCCCCAUACCUCGCAGAUCCCCAGAACUUGGUGGUUAUAUCCUCGGACUUUUGCCAUUGGGGGUCGCGGUUUCGUUACACAUGGCGUGAUAACGCACGUGGGAAUAUAUAUCAGAGCAUUGAGUGGCUGGAUAAACAGGGUAUGGAUUUAAUAGAGAAAAUGGAUCCAGCAUCAUUCACAGCGUAUCUUAAUAAAUAUGGCAACACUAUUUGUGGGAGACAUCCGAUCGGUGUUUUGUUACAGGCAAUUGCUAAGCUUCAAAGUCAACCCAGUUGCCCAAAAAUGUCCAUGCAAUUUCUCAAAUAUGCUCAAUCCUCGCAAUGUAUGACAAUGCAGGACUCCUCCGUUUCUUACGCUAGCGCUUCCUUAGUAUUUGAAUAA